AAUACAAAAGUUGAUGGUACAAUUAAUAAAAUCUUUGCUGGCAUGAUAAAAACUUAUAUUAAAUGUGUCAACGUGGAUUAUGAGUAUCAACGUGUUGAUGAAUACUAUGGUGAAACCCUUGAUGAUUCCUUUAUGAAAUUUACUCAAGAAGAAAAUUUAGAUGGAAAUAAUAAAUAUGAUACAGAAUUUUAUGGCUUGCAAGCUGCAAAAAAAAGGGUAACCUUUGAAAGUUUCCCACCUGUAUUGCGCAUAUAUUUAGAAAACGAUUCGGAUCAGGAUAAUAAUUGCGAAUAUCCCACCGAAAUUGAUUUACAAAAAUAUUUAUCUCCAGAUGUAGAUAAAUCAAAAUCGUGUAGAUAUUUAUUAUAUGGGUUAAAAUUUAAUGAUGAUCAAGUUACUCUAGAAUCAUAUGGAGAAAUAUUUCAGGAAUUCCAUGACCCACAUAUAUUAGUAUAUAUUUGUGAAUCUGAUGUCAAUGAAAUAUUAUCUCCAAUACUUCCUAAAGACAUACCGAAAUGUUUCCAUGAAGAAAAAGAAAGUGACCUACAUAUGCAAACUUGG